AUGUGGAUGGGCAAUCCAUCAAGACUAAGGUGUUUAAAAGAUAUCUUUGGUAGUUUAAAGGUUGUUAAUGGUGGUUAUAGGACCCUGACGGAUUUUCGCCAAGGGUAUAGGUUAUAUUCAGGAGAGAAUGGUUGUAGGCGAGGGCAUUCCAGUAAGCGGGAUGGUGAUAGCUUGUCUAAACUAGACUUUGAGCAGCAGUACCAGCUCCGGUCGAAUAUUGAAAUGUUGAUUCAGGACUUCUCACAAAGACCGGUACCGAAUAUCACCUAUGAGUUUUUAACACGACAUAUACCGCCGUUGUCCGAUAAUGAGAGAUACUGGCUUGCCAUAAAUGUGGCAAAUAUGUUGUUGACAUACACUUGCCGGAGACUUGCUGCGAUUCAGCGGUUGCCAUAUAUAGCCGUAGUAAACCCUAACAUUGAGGAGUCUAACAGGCUUCACCUGAAAACGUUGGAAUCCCUGCUAUUAAUUGAUAUGCCAUAUGGUCUUUAUAAUCAUGAGAGGACGAAAUUGAUGCUUGAGGAGUUUUUAAAUGACCACAGCGACACAUUGCAAACUUUGGCAAAGGGACUACAGGAAAUAAUGGAUUUCUAUUCUAAGGAGCUGGCUUUUGAUUUCCUGAACCAGCACCUUAGGGAUAGGAUGCUAAUGAAGGUCUUGGCUACCCAUUACUUGCAGCUUGUUUCUCAGAAGGAUAGCAAGGAUGCCAUCGGGAUCUUGCAUAAGAACCUGAACAUUGGUGAAGUCAUAAAACGCACUCAAGAGUUCGUGGGCGACUUGACCUUUGUCAAAUACGACAAAGUAGUUCCGGUAAAGAUUAUGGAAGGCAAAGAUGUGACAUUUCCUUGCAUUCCUAGUCAUUUCGAAUACGUUAUACAGGAAGUGUUAAAAAACAGUAGUAGGGCCCAUAUUGAGAACAGUACUCCAGAUAAUGAUUUAACGGAAAAACCAAUAGAAGUCACUAUUGUAAGAACACAAGACAGCCUUGAAGUUCGUAUCCGAGAUUUCGGUGGGGGAAUUCAUGCCGACAUAGAGGACGCUAUUUUUGACUACAGUUAUAGUACUUCAGAGAAGAAUGCAAAAGACAAUGGUAUGAGUGCUUAUGUUAUUCCAGGACAAGAUGUUUCAAACGUGUCUGGGAUGGGGUUUGGUCUUCCCUUAUGUAAAGCAUAUGUAGAGAUGUUCAACGGGAAACUGGAUAUUCAGUCGCUAUGGGGAUGGGGGACUGACGUCUAUAUGAAGCUCAAGGGACCAAAACAGGAACUUCUAACACGCAGUAAAAAAUAA